UGCAAGCAAUAACAAAAACAAUGUAUAGUUUUAACAAAUAUUUAAUAAAUACAAAAUCAAGGAAGUUGUUACCUAUUAUUUUGCAAAUACAUAGUUUUAAUCAUACAAGUGUGAGUAUUCCACAGCGCUUAUGUGAUAACAAGGCAUUGGGUGCCCCACGGCACUGGCAGCCGCGCUUAUUGUGUAGUAGUCUACCAAAAGCAUUGCGAGAGGCGAGCCGAUACUCCACAUUUAUUGCGCAGAAAACCCUUGUAGCGAAGAAGAAAAUGGCAAAACUCACCGAACAAGAACGAUCUGAGUUACUUCAACCACUUUUGGAUGCUGGUUGGUCGGUAGUAAACGGUCGUGAUGCCAUCUACAAAGAAUAUUUAUUUGCGGAUUUCAAUAGUGCUUUCAGUUUCAUGUCGGGCGUUGCACUGCUAGCAGAAAAAUUAAAUCACCAUCCAGAAUGGUUUAAUGUAUACAAUAAAGUACAAGUUACUAUGUCUACUCAUGAUGUUGGUGGUCUCAGCGCAAAAGAUAUUCGCAUGGCCAAAUAUAUGGAAGAACAUGCCAACCGCUAUUAGGAUUUGUAUAAAAACUAGCCAACUUUGUCAAUAUUUCUACGGUAUCUAGGUAAACUUAUAUUAAAUUUUUGCUUAAUAUC